AUGUUGCAAAACAAUCUGAUCAGGAGCGUAUCACAAGAUCGUCUCUGCACCGGCGUCGGGAUCAAAGUCGUCACGAAACCCGAAAUAAUAUCUCUCGCCAAAGCAGCUGGCUACGACACGGUUUUCGUCGAUCUUGAACACUCGGUACUUUCCGAAAAAGAGUCGAGUAGAUUGUGCUCGGCAGCGCUUUCCGCGGGCAUCACUCCUUUUGUGCGUGUUCCGUAUCAAUGUGGGCAGGGCUAUGUCCAAAGAGUGCUCGACGGUGGAGCUCUUGGGGUUGUCUUUCCCCAUAUCAGCACCCUCGAAGAAGCGAAGCAAGCGGUGGCAUCCACCAAGUUUCCACCCGAAGGCAAACGCUCCUUGACAGCAGCGUUGCCGCAGUUUGAUUUCCAGAGAGUCUCGCCAACAGACGUGAUUCAGCAACUCAACCAGUUCGGUUCAACUGUGUUGCUCUUGAUCGAGACCAAGGAAUCUCUCGAUAAUAUCGAAGCCAUUGCUUCGCUGGACGGAAUUGAUGUUUUAUUGGUCGGUGCAAAUGAUUUGUCGUUGGAGCUCGGUGUUCUAGGGGAAUGGGAACAUCCAACCUUUCAGUCUGCGCUGGAGAGAAUUGCAGCUGCGUCCCACAAACAUGGCAAAGUAUUCGGGAUGUGUGGCCUGUAUACUAGACCAGACAUCUACAAGCGCGUAGUGAAGGACCUAAGAGCCCGAUAUGUUCUCGGGCACCUGGAUAUUGGGCUACUCGCAAUGGCCAUGAACAGUAAUGUAGAAAUGCUAAGGGAUGUCGGUAAUAGCCUAACUCCAGACAUGUGA